CUCGACUGCCCCAGUUAUCUACAGGGAGGGGUGGGUGCACGUUCAGAGGAGCAGAGAUUGAAUAAAGGUAGAAGAGAGAAAUGAGAGAGGGGAAACAGAAAGGAACAAACAGGAAAUUGUUAGAAAAUGCUGCAGGAGGAGUAAGAGAUGGUAGAAACAUUUGCUGUGCAGCUUGUAUCUUGUAUAUUAUCGUCUUGUAAUCACAUGCUUCCUGGUUUGAUCCCACAAAAAGUGUGUCAAAGUGCCCUUGAGCAACAUUUUAACCUAUAACUGAUGCUGCAUCGUAAGUGUGUGUGAAUGUGUGUAUGAAUGUGACAUGGAUUACAAAUCGCUUUGACAUCUUAAAAAACUGCAUGUAUAUGCAGUGCAUAUCCAUUUAUGAAGGCUGAGGCGUGAAGUGACGCUGACAAUGUAUUCUAAUUAUAAACUGUAACCUAAUUAGGAAUCAGCCGCCGCAAUUUACCAUUUAACUGCAUCUAACAUGUAUUUUCACCUGUGGGGCUGUAACCACAAUACUCACAAUAACCUAAUCCAAUGAUUGGCUGAAUUCGCAGCCAAUGAGAGGAGGAGAAAUUAGAUUAGAGCGUUCAUAUUCAUGCAGUGUGUAUUUGUAAGGUGAUAAGCCGACUGUGUAGCCGUAGAGAGGAGCUUUGAGCCGAGGAGGUGAGAUAGAACGAAGGUGGGGAGCUGGUGGGGGGGUGUCUGAGCCUGCCUGUUCCAGCUUUGAGGUAUUGUGUGUCAUCUCUCUGCACUCUCCACUGCAGCCGUCUGCUGAAUAGUAAUCAGUGACACCAGGAAAGAAGAGGGGGAGAGAGAGUGAGGGAGUAAGAAAGAUAGCAGAGAGAGAGAGGAAGGCGAGACAUGGGAAGGGAGGUGGAAUGCCAAGCUGACAAUCCUGCUGCAUUAUCUGCCUGCUGCUAGAGCAAGUGUGAAAGAAGGAAGGGAAGGAUAGAGGAGACGGAGGGAGAGAUCUACAGGAGGAUGCAGCGGGGCUCCAACAGGAGUGUGAUCUGCCAGCGGUAUAGCAUUUUCAGCUGGCUUUGAUCGACUCCAAUCUCUGCACUUUGUCCAAAGCUGAAAUUCAGUUUCACAUUGCUCAUUUGUAUGAGAUCCAGAAGAAAUACAGAGCGGCGAAAGAAGCGUAUGAAAGUCUGUUGCAGACAGAAAAUCUUCCUGCGCAGGUGAAGGCGACAACACUGCAACAACUGGGCUGGAUGCAUCACACGGUGGAGCAGCUCGGGGAUAAAGGCACCAAGGACAGCUAUGCUAUCCAGUGUCUGCAGAAGUCUUUAGAAGCCGACCCGAACUCUGGCCAGUCCUGGUACUUUCUCGGCAGGUGCUACUCCAGUAUUGGGAAGGUGCAGGAUGCCUUCAUCUCUUACCGCCAGUCCAUUGACAAGUCGGAGGCCAGUGCUGACACGUGGUGCUCCAUAGGGGUGCUGUACCAGCAGCAGAACCAGCCUAUGGAUGCACUGCAGGCCUACAUCUGCGCUGUUCAACUGGACCAUAGCCACGCCGCUGCCUGGAUGGACCUGGGCACGCUCUAUGAAUCCUGCGGCCAGCCGCACGACGCUAUCAAGUGCUACCUGAACGCCACGCGCAGCAGGGCCUGCCUCAACACGGCCGCACUCACACAACGCAUCAAACUGCUGCAGGCUCAGUUGUGUAACCUACAGCCAGGUAGUCUGCAGAAUAAGAGUAAAAUGCUUCCUAGUAUUGAGGAGGCAUGGAGCCUACCCAUUCCUGCUGAGCUCACGUCCAGGCAGGGGGCCUUGAACACUGCACAGGCACAGCAGGCCUGCAAGGGGGAGGGAGGCCAGUCGGCCAGUAAUCACACAGACCCACAGGCCAGCCCAGCCAAGAGGAAGCGCACUGCCAGCCCAGCGAAGAGCGUCGCAGACUCGUGGGCCAACAGCACCAGUCAACAGCAGAUCCCCAGCUGGUACCUGACGCCACAGAAGCUCCAGCUCCUGGAUCACCUGCGGACCAACCGAGCGAACCUCAAGCCCCCCCAGGUGCAGAUGCUGGAACAGCUGGAGCACCAGUUCACUCUCAUGCAGCAACAUCAGCAGCAGGCGAGGCAGCAGGCGGCGGCGGGUGGCCAGCCGCGGCCCAGCCUCCCCAACGGCCCGUCGGCCGAUCCCUCUCACCACCACGCAGACCUCCCCCGCGCCUCCCCUCUCAACCACACAGCCCCCCCGGCCACAGCCAACGGAUCCUGCUCUUCAAGUCCGUCGGUGGGGCCGCUGGGACACCUGGACAGAAAUCACACCCUGGGACUUGGAGGUGGCGGCGCGAGCAACGGAAACGUGCCUUACCCGCAGCAGAACUCUCUACCUCACAACUGCACAGCCGCCAGUCACCCCAGCACCAGCAGCACUACCAGUAGUCCCAGUCACGCAGACGAGACAUGGAGGAGCCAGCAGCGCAACACUACCACUCAGGGGCUUCAAAAAGGUCCAGGUUCACAUUCGGCGGGUCCCAAUGGAGAACCCCCUUUCUCUUCCUCCUCCUCCUCCCCUCAGACCUCGUUCUCUUCCUCUGGCAUUCUGAAUCAGGUUGGACAUUCCUCUGGGCUCUGCACUGCCUCCUCCUCAGCCUCCUCGUUGUCCCCCACCUCCCCCCAGACCACACCCAACCACUUUUCCUCGCCUCCCCACUCCGCUACUACCUCAGGGGUCCACACCAAAGACACCACGCCUUCAGGGGGCAGCAACGGCAGCAGCACCUCCGCUGCUACUGUGCCAUCAGGUCCGGAGGCCGCCGUCAGGCAUUCUGCAGGGACACCUCUUAGUCCCAGCACAACCCCCGCGCAGGGAUUGACUAAUCACGUCCAGCCGCGGGUGACGGACAGCUCCACCGGCCCGUCUCAGCCUGGCUCUCCUGCCCCCGGCGUGCUCAGUUCAGACAAUCCUCAGCUCUCAGCCUUGCUAAAGGGAAAAGCCAAUACUACCAGUAAUGACGACAACAAUAACUACAGUAACCACGGAGGGCCUUCCUCAGAGAAAAUCAACAACGUCCACCCGGGUCUCCACGGUGCCGCCAAGAAGACAUCGGAGCUUUCAGCGGCAUCCUCGCCACCGUCGGCCACUGCUACACCCUCUCCCCGCUCUGCAGACCCUCACGCCACCAACAGCCUCUCCUGCCUUAACAGCCCGUCCGCCACCAACAGCCAGGGGCCCACGCUCAAUGGGACGGGGCUGGAGGACUCCCAGAGCCCCGUGAAGGUGGAGCCUCCUGGAGGAGCUCAUAAACACAGCACCCCUGCUGGUCUGGCACCCUGGUCCUCGUUCUCCAUCUACCCCAGCUCCAGUGAAGUCCUCAAAGCCUGCAGGUACCUGGGGAAGAACGGCCUGUCGACGAACAGCGUCCUCCUGGACAAGUGUCCCCCGCCGCGUCCCCCUCGCCCGCCAUCUCCUCCGCUGCCAAAGGACAAACUCAACCCUCCGACGCCCAGUAUAUAUCUCGAAAACAAGCGGGACGCCUUCUUCCCGCCGCUCCAUCAGUUCUGCACCAACCCCUCGAACCCAGUCACCGUCAUCAGAGGCCUGGCCGGCGCUCUCAAACUGGACUUGGGCCUGUUCUCCACCAAGACGUUGGUGGAGGCCAACCCCGACCAUCUGGUGGAGGUGCGGACCCAGUUAGCUCAGCCCAACGAUGAGAACUGGGACCCCAGCGGCAGCAGGAAGAUGUGGCGCUGCGAGAGCAGCCGCUCGCACACCACCAUCAUCAAAUACGCCCAGUACCAGGCCUCGUCUUUCCAGGAGUCUCUCCGGGAGGAGAACGAGAAGAAGAAGGAGAUUGAAGCAGAGGCAGGUUCCUCAGACAGUGCGAUGCGGCGGCGGAAAGGUCAGUUCAAACACCUCAAGUUUGGCACCAACAUCGACCUCUCGGAUGAAAAGAAGUGGAAACAGCAGCUUCAGGAGCUGGCGAAGCUUCCAGCGUUUUCCCGGGUGGUGUCGGCCGGUAACCUGCUCAGCCACGUGGGUCACACCAUCCUGGGCAUGAACACCGUGCAGCUCUACAUGAAGGUGCCAGGGAGCCGGACGCCAGGUCAUCAAGAGAACAACAACUUCUGCUCGGUCAACAUCAACAUCGGUCCUGGUGACUGUGAGUGGUUCGCUGUGCCCGAACCCUACUGGGGCGUCAUCAACGACUUCUGUGAAAAGAACAACAUCAACUUCCUGAUGGGUUCUUGGUGGCCGAACCUGGAGGACCUGUAUGAGACCAACGUGCCCGUCUAUCGCUUCAUCCAGCGUCCAGGAGACCUGGUGUGGCUCAACACCGGCACCGUCCACUGGGUUCAGGCCAUCGGCUGGUGCAACAACAUCGCCUGGAACGUCGGGCCCCUCACAGCUCAUCAGUACAAACUGGCCGUGGAGCGUUACGAGUGGAACAAGCUGCAGAGCGUCAAGUCCAUCGUUCCCAUGAUCCACCUCUCCUGGAACAUGGCCCGGAACAUCAAAGUGUCCGACCACCGGCUCUUUGAGAUGAUCAAGUAUUGUUUGUUACGGACUCUGAAGCAGUGUCAGAUGCAGCGGGAACUGCUAUUGGCUGCUGGGAAGGAACUGGUUUGGCACGGGAGGACGCAGAACGAGCCGGCGCACUACUGCAGCAUCUGCGAGGUGGAGGUGUUCGACCUCCUGUUCGUCACCAGCGAGAGCAACAGCAGGAAGACGUACGUGGUGCACUGCCAGGACUGCGCCCGCAGGGGGAGCACUAACCUGGACAACUUUGUGGUGCUGGAGCAGUACAAGAACGAUGACCUCAUGCAGGUUUACGACCAGUUCACACUCGCGAGCCCCCUCCCUUCUUCCUCUUGAUGCUAAGAGGACGAACCACAUCGGACUUUUACCGGAACCUUCUCCGGAAACGUUUCUUUGUCUCUGAUAUUCAGGAAGUUAAGCCGGCAGUCCUCCAACUGCGCUCUGUAGCGAUCCCAUAAGGCAGCUGCGUGAAAGCUGUGUGUCUAUGCAACCUGCCCAGAGGGGUGUGCCUCCCCCCGGUGGCCUGGAGGGGGACGGCAGCUCCUUCUGUCGUCUUGACCAGACUGUUCUACUGCUGGACUUCAUUAGAAAUCACACGCACACAAACACACACACUCACUCACACACACACACACACACACACACACACACAUCCCAGAGGAAAAAUGAUGAAAUAAAGUUUUGUACAUAUUAAGUUUCAACACAAAGACUACUGACUUGAUCAUUUUCUUUUUCCAUUUUUUGUGAUUCUGUUUGUGGGUGUGACACCAGAGCUUGGCCCCCCCCCCCCAUCAGACGAGUCAUUAGCAUAGCGGGUGUUUCUGUCCGACACCUCCUCAGUCAGGAAAACAUUUAACAACUGUUUUGUAAUGUGAAAAGUUGAGUGACACAUUUCUUUACAACAUUUCACCCACUUUCCUUUUCGUUUGGAAUCAGUUAAACUUCAUUUCGCUGAGUGCUCGGCGACGUCCGGGUGCGACAGGAAACCACACGGAGACAAACAGCCAAGUCACAGAUACAAAGGGUUGCACACAGACAAAAAGAGUGAACUUUCAGUUGUGUUUUUUAUUUUGAUGUAAAUUUACACUAUUUAUAAAAUGCAUAUUUAUUGCUUGAGAAUAUUUGUUGAUGGAAUGCUGUAAUUUUUUUUUCCAGAGUACCUGCCAUUAAAUUUGAAGGAGCUGUGUGAUUUUAAACUCGGCCCCUCAUACGUUUUCUAUAUAAAUAAACUGCUUAGUAAGCGUUGUACAGAGACUUUAACCUCGAAUGGGUUUAUUGUUUGAAGGAUGUUUUAUGCGUCAAUAAACAAAAACUGUCUUUAUUUA